AUGUUGAAUUCUAUAUGGAGACCAAUUCAACGAGGAAUUGGUUUUGGCCAACCAACACCUCCUCGUCGGUCUGCUUUGGGUUUUAUUAAAAAAUUUCUUAAUGAUUGGUCAUUGCUUUUUGCUGCAGUACUUGCUUAUACUUUCAUAAUAGCUCUUUUGCCAAUAGUUGUAACAGCUUUUGGCAUUUUUGCACUUGUUUUACGAAAUGAUCCUGGAGCAAAACAAACAAUUGUUAAUUCAAUUAUCGAUUCAUUACAAGAUAAUAUUACAAAAACAGCUGUUCGAGAGGUAACUGAUAUAGCUGCUAACAAUCUUGCCGAUGAUGCAGGUGGAAUUUUUGCAAUAGGUAUUGUAUUUUCAAUAUGGGGUGGAUCUCGUUUAUUUGUUACUAUUGAUGAUGUAUUGACAAUAAUUUAUCGUACAACAAGUCGUUCAUUUAUUUUUCAAAAUUUAUUAGCUAUUGCAAUGCUUAUUUUAUUUAUAUUUAUUGUUAUAAUUAUGUUCGGCGCAAGUGGUAUACCAUCAUUUGUAAUAAAUGCAUUACCAAAUCAAAAUGGUGCACAAUUUGGAAUAUUUGUUGCUGGAAUAGCUGUAUCAAUUGUUGUUGCAUUUAUUUUGUUCAUGUUAAUUUAUUUAAUUGUACCAAAUAAAAAAAUGAAAUUAAAACAUAUUUGGCUUGGCGCAUUAAUUGCAGCAUUUCUACUUGAUAUAUUUAUUGUUUUAUUUCCAUUAUAUAUUCGAAGGUUCAUGAAUUCAUUUCUUGGUCUUAUUGGUUUUGCUGUUAUUUUAAUAACGUUUUUUUAUUAUUUUUCAAUUAUUCUUAUUUUGGGCGCACAAAUUAAUGCGUAUUUUUUUGAACUUAUACAACCACUGCCUGAUGACAUAGGUAGUUUCUUAAGUCAAACUGUUAGUAGAAUGCUUAGGCCAGUAACAGUACCGAUAUUUAAUAAUUACCAAUAUCCUAGACCAAGACGAUCAAAAUAA